UGGCGCCGUACGAAUGGACUCCUCCACAACACAAGAAAUGGCCAUCCAACAAAUUACGCAUGCGCGGUAGUCGGCGCUUUAAAACAAGUCUUGAGGAGGGAACACGGAGACACUUGCAGGUGGACUUGAAUUAUAGCUGAGGGCAGGCGCUCUGUGGUUCACGUAGGAAGUAGCUGCGGUUAUAUAGCACCGCCGAGGCGUUGCAGGAUGAAAAGUCGUCGUGUUCGCCAUGACUCUGAGAUCCACGCUGUUUCCACACACGGGAUUCAAGCGCAGCGCUGACGCCAUCGACUUUGACAAAAGACACAUUGGGGUGGCCACCGUGAGUCCCGUGAGCCUCAAGAGGGAGUCCCGCGACUUUGUUAUCGAUGUUCAAGACUUGCAUGGGGGCGAGAUCCCGAGCAAAUCAAAGGACUUAGACCAGAUUUACAUGACCAGCAAAGUUGCCCUCACUGGCACAGUUGCAGAAGUAGUUAAAGGAGACAAUAAAAAAGUGGGGAUAUUGUCCCCUGUCAGACCAAUGGGGGGUGAGGGAACCCCGGUGAAAGGUAAACCCCUCUCUGUUGACAACAUGGAUAACCCUCAGAUGGCGGUGAACAAUAACCCAAAGGAUGCUGGUGCUGAUGACAGCGCGAAGGGGGUUGUUCCCGGAGUCCUUGGCACAGCAUCCAUUGAACUUUCCUCUGAGGGCAAGUGGAGGAACAUCAGGAAGACCCCUGCAAAUCCUCACACACAGGCCAACUGCCUCCGUCAGAUUCUCCUCCUCCAGCUGGACCUCAUUGAACAACAGCAACAACAGCUGCAGUCCAAGGACAAGGAGAUAGAUGAGCUCAAAGCAGACAAGGAGACACUUCUUGCGCGCAUCGAACGCAUGGAGCGCCGCCUCCAGCUCACAAGGAAGGACCCACCUCGUGACAAGCGCCUAUUCCAGCCUCUGGAGCCAUGGACUCCUGACAAGGAGGACAUGUGGGACCUGGACUUAGAGGAGAGUCCACAGCCUAACUCAGCCACUCCGCUCCCCUUUAGUCGGGGUGGAAAAGGUCAAAAAAGGAAAUGUGGAUUUGGAGAUGCAAAAUUUCAAAAAUCUCGGGGCAAAAGCGCCAAGCUUAGCCCCGAAAAGCCUGACAUUCAGCCCGGCUCUCCCAUUCAAAGAGAGCUGCGCAGUAAGGAAACCCCCGAGAAGACCGUUCCCAUGAGGUCUGGGGCAGAAAGGGACAUUUUGCUCCCAUGCAAAGAAGAGCCCGAGCUGAGCUGUCAGAUGGAAGAUUUGCCCUUCAUGUCAACCACAGAGAUGUAUCUGUGUUGCUGGAAUCAACCUCCUCUGUCCCCUCUGCGUGAGACUUCCCCUAAAAAGGAGGAAGAGGUGGCCAGUGAGUGGACUCCUCAUGUAGUACAUGAUAUGCUGAUUGUUUUUCCUUCUUGGAGGGAAAAUCAUAUCGAGCCCUUGGAUGAAGUCUCUUCGGACAACCCCCCUGAGCCGCUGGACGACAGUGUGUUUUUGAAACGCCACUUGAAGCUCGAGUUGGACGAGAAGAGGAGGAAAAGGUGGGACAUCCAGCGAAUCAGGGAGCAGCGCAUGUUCCAGCGCCUGCAGCAGCGAAUGAACAGGAAGAAGGUCGUCCAGGAGACCGAGCCAGAGCUGUCGUCCUUCUAUCCGGACACUGAAGAUGUUGAAGCUAUAGUCAUCACUCCCUUCCUGCCUGUGGUCGCGUUCGGCCGGCCGCUGCCCAAACUGACCCAACAGAACUUCGAGCUGCCUUGGCUGGAUGACCGAAGCCGAUGCCGCAUCGAAGUGCCCAAGAAACACACGCCUCACCGGACCUGUCGGAAGUGAAACUUUGACCACGUUGACGGCGCAGAGAUGCUGCUCCACGCCCCGAUUACAAUAUACACUUGUUUUGUCGCAGGCAGGGAAGGAAGGAAGGAGGGAAUGAAGGAAGGAAGGAAGGAGGGCAGAAAAGUGAGGAGUUGCUGUGUAAAACUUCAGUCUGUAGGAGAGCAGAUGACUCCACAGGCCAGAGUAGUGGCAGUGAGGGAUAUUUUGGUCCUAUUUACACCUCUAAAAAGGAAACUAGACUCUCAAUGUCCUGAGAUUACAGUCCUCAUAUCAGCAGCUGUCGAUGACAACACACAUACCAAGAGCUAUUUGCAUGCAAUGUAACAUGGUUGAAAUACGUUUUGUUGCCACUCGGUCAUCCCGAUCUGAUUUAAUCACGCAUCGCUUUUCAAGUGUAGUCGACCAACAGGAUAAACUGGGGACUGGGGAAAAUCCUCCACGCGAAGCUUGAACUGUUCGUCAUAAGCAAUAUGGCUCCAUCUUUCUGCUCCGGGUGGUUUUAACCCACUCACGCUCCCUGCCUAGAAAAUCUGACUGUAUCGUGCUGUGUAUUGCCUAUAAUAUUGUUCGCACUCAAUAAGAUUUUAUCAAUGUUAAGUGUGAUAUUGGGAGUUUUGAGCCAGCAUGAUUUAUUAUUAAAAAAAAAAAUUGUCCAUCAGAUGUAAGAAGGGGGGAAAAAAAGCAACCAAGUGGUUGUUCUGUGUCAGUUUGCUUCAUGAAAACAAAGGAAAAUUAGACGGCUGGUGAACUUGGAUCUGUUCCCCGUUUUGAUUUCUUUCUCUUUUUGUUUCCUUUAACGUGAUUUGCAUGGACUCUAUUUAGCCGUUUCUUAAAUAACAAAAGAAUAAAGAUGUUAGCAUGGCUUCAUCCCAGAAUAAUCUGCUUAUUGGGCUUCAAAAAGUACAAAGUAUCGUUCUUGAAAGCAUGACUUUUGGCUGCUCCGUUCAAGCGAGAAUCGCAGCCUGAAGAGCCGACGAUGCGCUCUGAUAAUAACAAAAAAAAAAAUAGAGUUUUGUGUUUCCGAUCGCAACAAUACGCUUUCAUCGAAUAAAUAUUCAAGUCAUAUAUAUGUAUAGGCCUCUUGAGUUGGCUGAGAUUCAAGGGAGUCAUUUUAGAUAAGCUUCCUAGCUGUAGUAUAGCAGUGUUCGCUGGUAUGCUCUUUAACGCCAGUUAAUCUCUCCCUCUCCGAGUUCAUCUUAGUCACGAUCGCACUGUUAGAUUCUCGCAGGUGUUUCGCUCGACCUGUUCUUCAUAUGAUGCAAUGGCUUUCCGCAGCUUCAACACUUCGACCGCCAGGUGUUCACGUUGGCGCAUCCUGGAGAUAAGAAGUUGAUUUUUCUUUUUUCUUUUCCGUUUUUCCUUUUCCCUGUACAUAGCUUUCAAAAACAAAUGUACAUAAAACAUGGCUGUUAUUUUUUUAUUAUUUAAUGUUGGAAGUGUUGAGUACAUUCAAUAUUGUUCUAUGAUUGUAUGUUGACAAAAAUGACAGUUUUGAAAGUAAAAUUUUUUUGGAAUAAAAAUAUGUCUAUGAUUA